UGAAGAGCUGGGCAAACGAGACACAAAACAUCGAGACCUGCGACCAUGUGGUGGACAACGCGACGAAUAGUAAUCAAGUGCCUCCAGCACCAACGCUUUCUGAGCGCUGCGGCUGCGGCUGGGCCUGAGGCACAAACCCUGGGCAUCAUCGGUGUGCCCUUUGCCAAGGGGCAGGCAAAGCAGGGCGUUGAGCUGGCGCCCGAUUUGCUGCGCCAGAAUAAACUGCGUCAGGUGCUGCAAAACAGCGAUGAGCGCCUGGUGAUAACGGACUAUGGCAAUCUGCCGUAUGCCGUGGAUGAGACACUGCUGCAGCAGCAGCGCCAACAUUAUUAUCACAUACGAAACUAUGCGGAUUUCAUGGCCUGCAAUCUGGCGUUAAUUGGCCAGGUGCAGCUGAUGCUGCAGCAGAAUGCACAGUUCCUGGCCAUUGGCGGUGAUCAUGCCAUCGGCUUUGGCUCCGUGGCGGGUCAUUUGCAGCACACGCCGAACCUGUCGCUGGUGUGGAUCGAUGCGCACGCGGACAUCAAUUUGCACAGUACCUCGCAGUCGGGCAAUAUACAUGGCAUGCCCGUUUCGUUCCUGCUGGAACCGCUGCGGCCAACCUGGCAGCACGCGUCGCUCGACAAGAUCGCGCCCAAUUGUUUGCCAAAGGAUCAAUUGGUUUACAUUGGCUUGCGGGACAUUGACCCCUACGAGGCGUUCAUAUUGAAUAAGUUUGGAAUACGCCACUAUGCCAUGGAUUCUAUCGAUCGUGUGGGCGUGCCCAAGAUCAUUGAGAUGACGCUGGAUGCACUGAAUCCGCAGAACAAGAUCCAUGUGAGUUUCGAUAUCGAUGCCCUGGACAGCAAUGUGGCGCCGAGUACGGGCACUGCGGUCCGCGGUGGCUUAACCUUGAGAGAGGGCAUCAGCAUUGUGGAGGCGCUGCGCGACACGAAACGUGUGCAGGGCAUGGAUCUGGUCGAGAUCAAUCCGAAGCUGGGCAGCGAACAUGAUGUGCGCACCACCGUUGAAUCCGGCCUGGAAAUACUCAAGAGCAUGUUCGGCUAUAGACGAUCCGGUGCGCGUAUCUACAGCAAUCUGGAUACGGGCAUACUGGGACACGAGCACUAAUCGAUAUAUUAUCUAUAUAGUAUAUAUAUAUUGUGCAUUGCAGAAUUCGAAAAGUCCAAUUAAAAUAUUACUUUUAAUUUAA